AUAAAUUUUGUCUCAAAAAACGAAACCUACUUUUGAUUCCACUAUGCUUGUAUUUGCAAGCGCAACAUUCUCUUUUCUUCUUCUUUUUAGCUUUAGAUUUGUUUCAUCGUACCCUUUGCCUGCUUAUAUGUCAACGUUUGCGGUGUUUGAUCUCUGAAGGCGUCGGUUUUAAGCAUAGAUUUCUGUUUGUUAUUCACUUUUAUUGGUUGAAAUAGUGUGUUCGGAUAGGUUUUCUAGGUCUUGCAUGACUCGCCACUUGAUGGAGGGAGAUGGAAUUUGGGGGAACAGAAAAUUAGUAGAAGGGAAAUGAAGAAAGUCCUUCCUUUUAAUGGGCGGACGCAUAGCUCCCUCGCUGACACUGCCGUCUCGUGCCCUUUUCACAAGCCCUUUUCGUCUCGUUGCCAUGGCUAAGAUCAAGAUCGGCAUCAACGGUUUCGGAAGAAUUGGGAGGUUGGUCGCUAGAGUCACGCUUCAGAGAGAUGAUGUGGAGCUCGUCGCUGUCAAUGAUCCGUUCAUCACAACCGACUACAUGACAUACAAGUUUAAAUAUGAUACCGUGCAUGGACAAUGGAAGCAUCAUCAUGAGAUAAAAGUUCAUGAGAUAAAAGUGAAGGAUUCCAAGACCCUUCUUUUUGGAGAGAACGAAGUUACUGUCUUUGGCAUCAGAAACCCUGAGGAGAUUCCUUGGGCUGAGACUGGAGCUGAGUUCGUUGUGGAGUCGACUGGUGUCUUCACAGACAAGGACAAGGCUGCUGCUCACUUAAAGGGUGGUGCCAAGAAAGUCAUCAUUUCUGCUCCAAUCAAGGAUGCACCUAUGUUUGUGGUGGGAGUGAAUGAGCAUACAUACACAUCUGACAUCAAUAUUGUCUCCAAUGCCAGCUGCACCACCAACUACCUUGCCCCUCUUGCAAAGGUCAUUCAUGAUAGAUUUGGAAUUGCGGAAGGUUUGAUGACGACUGUGCAUUCCAUCACUGUUGCACUGUCACUGAAAUCAAAGUCCAAUAUUGUGACCUAUGGUACAGUUGUUCAUGUCAAUGGGGAUGGAAAAUUACUUCAUGGUGUCCUGUUACCCAUGAAUUGCAUGCGCGUCUCGAUUGAUGAGGUUGUGGAGAAUUCAGCAAGGUUGUCAUUUCUCAUACCAAAUGAAUGUGACACCAUUGGUGACGCUAUAGGGACCCAUGUUGCUUGGCCUGCACGUUGGGUAGUGAUGAAAAAUGAGUUCAAGAAAAUAAUUUACUCCAACGAAGAAAUUGACGAAGUGCGAUCCGAAUGGGCGGAUUGCGUACUAGACUAUAUUCAUUACUAGGUAUAAAUUACUAGACUUCAAAAGAUGGUUGAACACUUUGUUUGUGACUCCAUGACUUAUUGAUUUUGAUUCCUUACUGCCAAUAAUUUAUUUGUUCACAGCUAGCUAUCUCCUUUGCUCAAUACUUCAUUCUUGCAUUUCUACCAUGAGCAGAAUUAGCUGACAUUUCCCUUAUUUAUUGCCUCUCUUUGUGGUCCCAAAUUAAUAAUGGCUGGGUUGUGUGAGUAGCUUAUUUAGUUGUUUUCGAAUUAUUCAAGGACUGACAAUGUGGAAGUUAUCUCUUUGUGAAUUGUUAGAUGAUGACCUUUUGUAUCUUAUGAGUUGCUCUAGAAAUUUCUUUUGUACUCUCUUUAUGGUUUUCAUCUAUAUGCCAUGACUUAAUCUUGUUUUUCCUCCUAUCUCAAAGUCUCCAUGUAUGCAUCUUUAACGUUUUACCUAGCAUUUUUCUACCGUCCAAGGAAUAUCUGAUAUCUGUUGGGAUGUCCUAAAUUUUGUACCUGUGUUUGUUUCAUUUACUAGUUUAAUUUCCUUGUAUAAUCCUAUAAUUUAUUAUUUUUUCUUUUUACAAUCGCAUUUAAAUUUUUACUAUGUUGAACUACAUACUUCGUUGAUGACUCCUUGAGCAUAAUUCUACUAUGGCAAAAAUACAUUCGAAAUUCAUUGUUGAUGACAAAUUUUUAUUUCCUACUUCCAUCUUGUUGGACCUUGCAAGUAUCAUUGCGAAUGACAAUUAUGAUGCUUCAUCAAGCACAACUAUGUUAAUCUAUAUGCAUGUUAGUGAUUGCUUGAGAAUAAUGAAAUGAAGAGCUUGUAAAGGCAUUUCGUGUAUGAUCCAUAGUAUAUUGAUAUACAAAACAUCUAUAUACUGCAGUUUGAUUUCUUAAUAGUUUGCUCUAUAUACUUUUGCUUGGACGAGCAGUGCAAAUUAUCCGUGAAUUGCACGUGCUUUGCAGCUAAAUUUGUUAGAUUUUCUCUUUGUAUUGAUGAAAUGGGAAUGGAAAAUCUAUUUUUCCAGCUGGAAUGUAGUGAAUGUUAUAUCUCUUAAUCUGCACUUAUUUGAUUGACACUUUGGUUCUUUUAGGUGUCCUAUGUAAUUAUUAAAGCUGUGCGUAUGUGAUUUCUAUUUUGAGGAAUUUUUGGUUGUUUUAGCUUUACAAACAAUUCACCUUAACAUAACUCAUCAUGAUGAUCCAAUUCUUUUGGUUCAAGUUUUAAUUGAAAGAUUUUGAACUCAUGUUUUUUACUUUCACUUAUGCUUUUGUGAUGGAUCUGUUUA